AUGCCUAGUUGCCAAGAAAUGUACUCUCAACAAUACACAAUCUUCAAAGUGUUAGAUGCUAUGUUGCAGACGGCGCGAGGUAGGAAAUAUCGCAGUAAUACCAUACCAGACAUGCGUAAGAAGGUGCUAGAACAAUGGGAAACAUUCUGCAGAAAUGAUGAGGCACUCAAAAAAAGGGACGAUAAGAAUGAAAAUGACCCGUAUUAUAAGGAGAAAGCGUAUGAAAUUGCACAAAAGAUGAAAGAGGACAUAUGGAAGAUUUUAAAUGAUGCAGAAGCAGAAGAAUCCCACACCGUUAAAAUAAGUCCACAACAAGGAGAUUCAAGUCCACAAGAACAUAGUUUAAAUGCACCGCAGUUAUCAUUCAAAUUAAUGGAAAUUGGUGAAGUGACAAAUGAAAAUCACAACAAACUAGCAAGAUCAUUAGAAAAUCAAUUUAAUUCUAACGUAGCAGAAUUAAAUUCUAUGAUAAAACUGGUCGAAACCAAGAAAGACAAGAUAUAUUUAACAAAACUGCUUGAGAGACUGGAAGUCCAGAUGAACAGACUGCUCGACAUUCGAUCAGAAAUGGCGAGAGAAGGUGCAGGAAAUGACUUUACGGAAGAUCAGUGGGAACAGUCCGGAGAAGAUUUCAACAAAGCUCAGAUGCAAAUAACAGAAUUGUUGACAUCUUUAGAAGCGGCACAAAGAAAAUCCGUAAUGGUCGAAAAAAUAAAAAUUCCAGAGUUUAGUGGACGUCGUGAAGAUUGGAACUCAUUUUAUGAAUUAUUCCGCACAUUAGUGCACGAAGAUAAAAAUGCCUCAGAUCAAGAGAAGCUGUUUCGUCUACGGUCAGCUUUGAAGGGGGAUGCACUGCAGAUUAUUCAAAACAUGCCGUUAACCAGUUCAGCAUAUGAAGGGGCUUUGGAAGCAUUACGUAAAAGGUACGACAAUAAAAGGACUCUAUUCACACAUUAUGUGGACAGCCUAUUAGAUGUGCCAAAAAUUAAUGGAUCAUCAGUGCACAGUAUCAAGAAGUUAUUGGAUACAGCUAUAGAGAGCAUUGAGGGAAUCAAAUCCAUGAAUUUGAAACUGGGAGAUGCAUACCCAAUUCUGGCACACAUAAUAGUGCGCAAAUUGGAUAAAGAGACUCUUUUACAAUAUGAACAGACAAUACAAAAGUGUACGGAAAUUCAAGAUAUCAAGGACGUUCUAAAAUUCUUGGAGCAAAGAUAUCAAACUUUGAAUUCAGUUUGGUCUAUAGAUGAUGGAGAUAAGCAGAGAUUCAAGCGACAAUACAGUUUUGAAGUGGCAGCAACAAACAGCGAAGAAAAUCAAAUAAAAUGCGGUUAUUGCAAAAGUUUUGGGCACAAGAUUCACCAAUGUCAGCAGUAUAAAACAUUAACAGUGAAGGAGAGGAUUGAUUGGGUAAGACGGAACGAGCUGUGCACUAACUGUUUAAAUCAUAAGGCAACAAGAAGAUGCAUUAGCAAAACGAAUUGCUUUAUGUGUAAUGGCAGACAUCACACCAGCCUUCAUAUUGAAAAAUCGGCUUCAGGAGGCAACAAAGGAAAAUCAACAUUUACCACAAUAAAAGAAAUGCAUCAUGUAUUAAUUGCAACAGCACAGAUACGAGUAAAAUCGAAGCAAAACGAAUACAUCACCUUGAGAGCAUUAAUCGAUCCUUGUGCUCAGGCGUCUUCAAUCAGCGAGGAAGCCGUACAGAUAUUGCAGUUGCCAAAGCAAAGAACAGAUGUAACACUGCAUGGACUUGGAGGAGCAGUCGUCGGUAAAGCAAAAUCGAAAGUUAUUAUUGAAGUGAAACCCAGAUUUUUAAGCGAUUUCGCUGUGAAUAUAGAGGCAGUCGUACUUCCUGAGUUGGCUUCAGUUCAGCAGGAUCCAACGUGUGAAUACGAUAUAGAUAAAUGGGAAAAUUUUACGCUAGCAGAUCCGGACUUUACAUCGUCAGAUAGAAUCGACGUGCUGAUUGGAAGCGAUGUCUACCACGAAAUCCUUCAAGAUGGUAUUCACAAAAAAGAUAGUAUAUUGGCGCAGAGGACGAAGCUAGGAUGGAUACUGUCGGGACCGACUACGGAAAAAAAGGGAAGCAGCAAGAAAAUUGUAGCAACUACUACUCUGGAAAGAUUUUGGGAGAUAGAGGAGGUGAGCGACAAUCAAGCAGUGACAGAGGAUGACUUUUGUAUAUCAAAUUAUGGCUCAACAACAUCGUUAGCGAAUGAUGGCCGGUUUAUGGUCAGACUUCCCUUCAGGGAAGACGUUGAAUUAGGAGAUUCACGUAAAAGAGCUAUGGCAAGAUUUUUGAACAUUGAAAAAAAAUUAUGCGCCAACCCUGAACUAAAAAUGGAAUACCAACAGUUUAUGGAAGAAUAUAUUAGUAUGGGGCAUAUGGAACGAGUAGAGCCAGAAAUACGGGGAAAAUACUACCUUCCCCAUCAAGCUGUCAUCAGAGAAAGCAGUAUAACUACAAAAGUAAGAGUGGUAUUUGAUGCGUCUUCCAAGACAUCAAAUGGAAGAAGCUUGAAUGAUAUUCUCUACGCUGGGCCAAGAUUGCAGAGAGAUAUUUUUGAUAUCCUUACAAAAUGGCGGAAACAUCAGUUCGUCAUAAGUGCAGACGUGGAAAAAAUGUACCGACAAAUUUGGGUACAUAAAGAUGACCAAGAAUACCAAUAUGUGUUGUGGAGAUCCAGCAGCGAAAGUCCAGUAGAACAAUACAGAUUAACGACAGUGACGUACGGUACGGCGUGUGCGCCGUUUUUGGCGUUAAAGACGCUUGACGAAAUUGGAUCUCAAUGUGAAGAUAAAGACAUUGGCGCUAUUAUACAAAAUGAUUUCUACAUGGACGAUUUGUUAACCGGAGCAGAUUCUAUUUCAAGAUGUAAAGAAUUACAGGAGAAAAUAAAUAAACAUCUAGCAAAAUAUGGAUUUAAACUACGGAAAUGGAUUUCGAACGAUAGUGAUGUCCUAAAAAACAUAGACGCAAAGAGAGAGAAUGAUGUACUUCACAUAGAAGAAGAUGAUUGCUUAAACACGUUGGGGCUGAAAUGGUAUCCAGCAAGUGACACAUUUGGAUUUACAACGCAACUUUACAAUGAACAACGGAUAACCAAGCGGAAAGCCCUGUCCUAUUUGGCCAAAAUAUUCGAUCCAUUAGGAUGGCUAACACCAAUAACAAUAACGGCGAAGCUUUUUAUUCAACAACUAUGGGUAAUGGAUAUUGGAUGGGAUAAUGUACUAAUAGAGGAGCUGAAUAAACAAUGGAGAGGGUUCACGAGUAAGCUAAACUCACUGAUUUCGAUUCGAAUACCUCGAUGGUUGCACGUAUCCAGCUCAACUGAAGCACAACUGCAUGGAUUCGCGGAUGCAUCGGAAAAGGCUUAUGCAGUCGUAGUUUAUGUUAAAGUGAAUGGAGUUGUUCAGCUAGUAGCAGCUAAAAGCAAAGUCAAUCCCAUUAAAAAUAGGAAGACGUUACCAAAACUAGAGUUGUGUGCGGCGAAUUUAUUAGCGAAACUUAUGACAAAGGUUAUGAAAAUUUUGUCAAUAGAAGCAAAUGUAUUUAUGUGGAGUGAUUCGUCGAUAGCGCUGUCAUGGAUACGUAAUAGUUCUAGUAAAGAUCGAUUUAUAAGGACAAGAGUGAAGGAGAUUCAACAAUGGGUACCAGCAGCCAAAUGGCAAUAUGUAAAAUCAAAGGAAAAUCCGGCAGACAUGGGAUCCAGAGGGAUAUCAGCAGACAAGUUACCAGAGAAUAAUCUCUGGUGGAAUGGUCCGUCGUGGUUAAUGCGAGAUGAAGAGAGCUGGGAUACAAAGGAACCUGUGUAUGUCAAUGUGGCCGUCACAAAUGCGAACAGCGGUCCCAACUAUUUCAAUCAUAUGGUAAAAGAUUAUUCAUCGUUUACACGACUUAAGCGAGUGAUAGCGUAUGUGCUCAGAUAUAUCGCAAAGCUACGCGGAAAAAACUUUCCAGAUUACUUGACUGUGGAAGAAUUACGAGCUGCAGAAAUGUUUUUAAUAAAAGGCCAUCAACAACAAGAAUUUCCAGAAAUUGUCACGAGACUAAAAAAUAAUACGCCGAUUGAUCACAAACACAAGCUGGCUUCAUUAAAUCCCUUUUUAGACGAGAAUGGCGUGUUGAGAGUUGGAGGUCGAUUACAAUUAGCUUCGCUGGCGUAUAAUCGUAAACAUCCCAUAAUACUCAAUAAAUCAGAGCUGAGUGAUCUAAUUAUCAAGGACGCACAUGUGAAAACGCUCCAUGAGGCUCUGCGUCUGUUCCCACCCGUGGCUGUUAACUCCAAACUCUGCACUCAGCCAUAUGAAUUUGUGAACAAAAACGGCAGUUAA